AGCUCAGCCGCCGCCGCUCGAUGGCUCCGGGGCCGAUUAGGCGGCCCUAAACGGCCAUCCAAGCAGGGAAGGGGGAGAGGACGAAGGUGGCCCCGCCAGCAACUCCUCCUCCUGGCCGAAGGGAGGGUGCGGGUUUCCCCUGGAGAGGCAGAGGCGGAGGGACGAAUUCCGAUCCCGGCGCGGUGGCAGCCCGAGCAGAACCCCGCCCUGUGUCGCCUGCUUUCCCCGAGCAAGCGGCUUCCUGCAGCCUGGUCAGGUUUCCUCGGAGUUGCCGGAGCUCCGAGUUGCUCUCCUUUUCCAGGGGCCGGACGGGAGAGGCUGGCCGGACUCGCCCACUCAGGAGGCGGCGGCUACAGAUGGGUGAGAAGAAUCCCUUUCCUUAGGGAGCGUUGGCGGCUGGCAAAAAGCGUGCCGAGCCUGGGGACACGUCAGGAGAGAGAAGCCACAUUGUUAACUGAGUUUAACUGAUGCAGGGGAGAGGCGGCGGGCGGCGGGCAGCUCUCCGGGGAAUGAUUGUAACCAAAGGUGCCCUUUUUCAUUCAGCCAGUAAAUGCUGACAUCACACAGCAACAUUCCUGUGUGCCUUCAUGAGUGGCUUUCACAUACAGAAAAGGAGAUGCUUUAAAGAAUGGAGUUGGCUUGCAGCUUGCUAUUUAAUGAAGAAGUUUAUAAUCAGCUGGGUGAAUUUCAGAAAGCAGAAUUUGCUUUGGAAUGGCUGAGGUUUUUAGAAAAACUUUUACCAGCAACUAAUCAGGCUGAUAUAAGGGAAAAACAGAACAAACUUGUUGAACAACUGAUAUCUUUAUUAACCAGUACACCAGGACCUCCUGCUAGACAACUCAUUGCCAAGAACCUUGCUGUAUUAUAUAGCACAGGAGAUGUUUUUUCUGUUCACCAAACAAUUGACAAAUGCAACGAACUUAUUCUCAGUAAAGAUGAUUCACCAAGCUAUCUACCUACUAAACUUGCUGCAGUGGUUUGUUUGGGCUAUUUAUACAAAAAGCUGGGAAGAAUUUUGGGCAACAGCUUUGUGACUACUGUGGGAAAUAUUCUUAAAGCAAUGAAGAAUGCAGAGUCUCAAGGACGAUAUGAGAUCAUGCUAAGUUUGCAAAACAUACUGAAAGGGUUGGGAGCUGCUGCUGUUCCUUGUCACAGAGAUAUCUACAAAGCUGCUCGUACAUGUUUGACAGAUAGAUCAAUGGCAGUUCGUUGUGCUUCUGCAAAGUGUCUUCUUGAACUUCAGAUUGAAGCAACUUUUAUGUGGAGUACAGACAUAGAUAGUGUAGUAACUCUAUGUUUUAAAUCCUUUGAAGGAUCCAACUAUGAAGUGCGAAUGGCCGUUUCUAAGCUUUUAGGCUAUGUAUUGAUUAGUGCUGUAACAUCAAAACAAGCCACAGCAUCUGCUAGACAACACGUUCGCAAAAUCUCAUUUAUGGAAGCUUUGGAACUGCUAGGGACAGGUUUUCUUCGUGGAAGUUCUGGAUUUCUACGAACUGGUGGUGAUAUUCUGAAAGGAACCAGCUCAGUCAGCAGGGAUGUCAGAGUUGGAGUUACUCAGGCAUACGUGGUAUUCAUUUCCACAUUAGGAGGAGAAUGGCUUGAAAGGAAUUUUUGUGCUUUACUUUCCCACGUUCUGGAUCUGGUCUCUCAAUCUCACCCUAAGGCUAUUCAGACACAAAUGGACAGUAUUUGUAGCCGCCGUUGUAUUUCAUUUAUCCUCCGAGCUACAGUAGGAGGCCUUCUUGGGGAAAAAGCUCGAAUUGCAACUGCCAAGGAGAUUUGUCAAGCCAUCUGGAAACUGAAGAAAGUUAUGGAUGCUGCAGUGAGUAACUGUAAUGUCGAAACCCAUAUUGGUACAACAGAGCUAAUAAUAAACCAGCAUAUGUUAAUAUGUGCUCUAGAGGAGCUUGGAAGCCUCAUACAUGGCUUAGGUUCUACUGCUACACCUGUUCUGCAAGAUUCUAGUACAGGAGUCCUGGAUGCAGUAAUCUCCAUUAUCCUUCAUCCCUGUAUUUCAGUUCAGCUAGCAGCAGCAUGGUGCUUACGAUGUAUUGCUGUAGCAUUACCCUGUUAUCUCUCUCCACUUCUGGAUAGCUGUAUUGAGCGCCUGACAGCAAUGAAAUCCUCCCCAGAAGCAGUGACUGGCUAUAGUUUUGCCAUUGCUGCUUUAUUAGGAGCUGUCAGAGAAUGUCCUUUAGGAAUUCCGCAUGGCAAAGGAAAGGUUGUCAUGAUGGUAGCUGAGGAUCUUUUGCGUUCAGCUUCUCAGAAUAGUCGGAUUUCAAUACAAAGAAUGCAGUCAGGUUGGCUUUUGAUAGCUGCUUUAAUGACAUUAGGUCCUGCCGUGGUCCAGCAUCAUCUUCCUAGAGUGCUGUUAUUAUGGAAAUGUGCAUUUCCGGUAUGUCCUAAAGACUUAGAAACUGAGAAGAAACGUGGUGAUUCAUUUACAUGGCAAGUGACACUGGAAAGCCGAGCAGGUGCUCUCUGUGCUAUCAAAAGCUUUAUUCUCUAUUGUGGAGGACUCCUUACAGACGAAGUGAUUCAAAGAUUGCUUCCUCCUGUCCCAUGUGCUGUUGAUUUACUGACACAGCUUCCUUCACUAAAUAAAAUGUAUGGCAGUGCUUUAAAACUAUCAUCAGUGACAUAUAGGAAAAGACUUUAUGAACUGCUUGCUUUGUUGCCUCCCAAGAGUUAUGAAGGAAGUUUCUCUGCUGUUCUUAAAGAACUAGUGCAAGACUUGACUCAACAUGAUAAUCAGGCAGCUGCCUCUGCUGCAUAUCUUCCGCCCUUUUCCCACCACUGCGAACUUGCCUUAUUUGAUCCCUUCCUGCAGGAGACAGAACACAGAUUUAUUGAAGAGCAGGUAUUCUUAGUUAACAACACAGCUGGGGGAAGCUUGGAGUUUGACCCAUUUGCAAUCUAUGAGAAGGCUGCACACGGAGAUUCAGUGCCUAAGCCUUUGCCUCCAACUUCAUCCAUUGUCAGUGCAGCAACCCGUCUCUUUGGAGUGAUAUUUUCACAAGUAACAGAGACCCAAAGGCUACAAGUGCUGGAACAAUUAUUGGCAUCCAUAAAGCAAACCAAAGGAUCACGGCAGCAGAUAAUACAGCAAAAUAUUAUAUCAGCAAUUUGCAGUGCCCUAAAGCACUUGGCUAGCCAUAAGGGAAAUUUAGGUUAUGAAGAAAUCCAAAGCUGUAUUUUGAGCUUGAUCCUAAGUGCCUUGGAAAGUAGCAGUCCACUUCUAAGAUGUUCUGCUGCUGAAGCCCUAGCCAGACUCGCACAGGUGGUAGCUGAUAAUACCUUCACUGCUGGAUUGGCACAAAUUAGCUUUGACAAGCUAAAAUCUGCAAGAGAUGCGAUAUCAAGAAUAGGACAUUCUUUGGCUCUGGGCUCUCUUUAUAAGUAUACGGGAGGAAUAAGUUCCGGUCAUCAUCUUACUGCAUGUGUUGGAAUACUUUCUACUUUAUCUCAGGAUAACACUUCACCUGAAGUACAGAUGUGGGCACUGCAUUCUCUGUCACUGAUUAUUGAUUCUGCUGGUCCUUUAUAUCAUGUGCAUGUGGAACCUACCCUCUCUCUUGUUCUUAUGUUGUUGUUGACUGUGCCUCCUGCUUAUACUGAAGUCCAUCAAAGCCUUGGUCGCUGUUUAAAUGCACUUAUAGCCACUUUGGGUCCUGAGUUGCAAGGCAGCAGUGCUGCAGUCGUAGCCUUAAGGGCAUCCUGUCUCCUUGGCUGCACAGUGAUGCAGGAAAAUCCUGACUGCCUCAUCCAGGCUCAAGCUAUCUCUUGCCUUCAGCAGCUUCACAUGUUUGCUCCUCAUCAUGUAAACCUGUCGAGUCUUGUCAAGUGCCUUUGUGAGAUCUUGUUGGAAAAUUCUGUGUUGGUAAAUCUCUCUAGUUCGUAUCUAUUAUUGAGACGUGCAGUUCUAGCUUGUUUGCAUCAGCUUGUGCAGAGAGAGGCAGUUGAAGUAUCUGAACAUGCAGUGGCCCUCGCUAAAGAAGGUAGAGAAGACUUUACUUCAGGUGUUAAUAUAGGUGAAAUAGGCCUUGAAGGAGCUUUGCUGAGUUUGUUGGACAAAGAAUUGGACCCAAAACUGUGCCAAGAUAUCAGAGAAACUCUGACCCAUAUGCUUAUAUCAAUGGCUGUUGGAAAACUCUCCUUUUGGCUGAAACUCUGCAAAGAUGUUCUGGCUGCUUCUGCUGAUUUUACAGCUGUAGCUUCAGUGGAUACAAGCCAAGAAGAAGAGGGUACUCAAGGAGAUGAUGAAUUGGCAUUAACUUUGGCAAAGAAGGAUAAAUUGCACCCAUUCCCACAUCCCCGAUGGUCUACUAGAGUUUUUGCUGCAGAAUGUGUUUGUAAAAUUAUCACCCAGUGUGAGAAUGCAGGCGGUGCUCAUUUUGACAUAGCUUUAGCACAGGAAAUGAAACAAAGGGACUCAAGAGGUGAUUUCUUGGUAUUAUAUUUAGCUGAUUUAAUUCGUAUGGCUUUUAUGGCUGCCACUGAUCAUAGCAACCAACUUCGUCUUUCUGGACUUCAGAUGUUGUUAAUUCUUAUUCGAAAAUUUGCUGCUGUAGUAGAGCCAGAAUUCCCAGGUCAUGUAAUACUGGAGCAAUACCAAGCCAAUGUUGGUGCUGCUCUUAGACCAGCCUUUACCUCAGAAACACCACCUGAUGUAACAGCAAAAGCAUGUCAGGUUUGCAGUGCUUGGAUAGCAAGUGGUGUAGUAAAUGAUCUUAAUGACCUUCAAAGAGUUCAUCAUUUGCUUGUGACUUCCUUGACAAAAGUACAGGCUGGAAAAGAAGCACAAAAUCAACUAUACAAUGAAGGCACAUCUACUAUGGAAAUACUUGCCGUACUAAAAGCUUGGGCAGAGGUUUAUAUAGUUGCCUCACAAAGACAGAAGAAACAAAAUGACAUCAAUAGUCCACCUUUGGUUAAAAACAUUUCAGAGGAAAGUUUCCUGGAUCCAUCCCCUUCAGCGGAUGAACUUCUGGAUUUAGUCCAAGUGGAUCUAGGGAACCUGAGCAAACUCUGGCUAGCUGCACUUCAGGAUUUUGCUCUCUUAACUUUGCCUUCAGAAUUUGCUUCUCAACUUCCCUCUGAAGGUGGUGCCUUCUAUACUGCAGAAACAAUUGAAAAUGCAAGACCGCAUUAUCAAAAUGCCUGGGCUCAGAUUCUUCAUGCUACUGCAUUAUGGCUUACUAGCACUGGUUUUCUGGUUGGUGAUUCAGAUGAAGGUCUAACUAAUCUUUCACGACCUGUUACUCCAACUAGUAUGUGUCAAGAUUCUACCUCUAGGGCUGCGGUAAAAUCACCUGAAGAUGUGAAUACUGAUAGACUUUAUCUUGUUUUGGGAAUUAGCGUGGAAUUUCUCUGUUCUCCCCGGUCAGAUGAAGCGAUGGAAAACAUUAUUGCUUGUCUAGAUGCCUUGCGGGUCCUGCUUGAAGUUCCCUGGCCAAGAUCUAAGAUUGGAAGUGAUCAGGAACUGAGUGUGGAGUUAUUGAAUGUUUUACACCGACUUAUACUGACCAGAGAGUUCCCAGACAUUCAACUGGCUGCUCUAGAAGUUGUCCAACAGGUUCUUUUCGCAGCACAGGAGCAUGUCAAGGAAAAACGGAGAAGUGCAGAAGUUGAUGAUGGGGCUGAAGAAAAGGAGACAUUGCCCGAGUUUGGAGAAGGCAAAGAUACAGGAGGACUUAUACCUGGAAAGUCUUUAGUCUUUGCAACACUGGAAAUGUGUGUGUGUAUUCUUGUAAGGCAGCUACCUCAGCUAAACCUGAAGAUAACAGGUAGCCCUGGAAUUACAGCUGGAAAACCUCAGUUGUUAUCAGCAGACGGGAACAGAUUGGUAGCAGCAGCCCUGGGAAUCCUCUCUGGUGUUCCUGCAGUCUGUUCACCAGAAGGAAGCAUUGCUGUUCUUCCCACAAUCUUAUAUCUGAUUAUUGGAGUCCUCAGAGAAACUGCUGUGAAGCUAUCCAGUGGCCAUUUACCCAUGACUGUUGCUGCAUCACUGCAAGCUCUUAAAGGAGUCCUGUCAUCACCCAUGGCUCGGGCAGAGAAGAGCCAAAUGGCUUGGAAUGAAUUGCUCCGUAGUGCUCUGGUCACCAUUCUUAAUUUUUGGGAUCAAGAUGAUGCUGGUCAAGAAUUGGAUGAAAGUAGUCUGCUGACUGCGAUCACCGUAUUUAUUUUGUCUGUAAGUCCAGAAGUUAUCACCAUGGAAUGUCUUCAGAGACAGUGCAUUGAGAAGUUUAAAUCAGCUAUGGAAUCUAAAGAUCCCAUUGUACAACUUAAAUGCUAUCAGCUGCUCCUUUCCAUUUUCCAGUGUCCCAAUCCAGCUGUCUCAUACCCUUACAUUCAUUCAUUAAUAUCUUCAAUAGUGGCCAAACUACAAGAAACAGAAAAAAAUAAACCAGAGAAUUCUGCUGAACUCCAAGUUAUUCAAGAAGGAAUAAAGGUAGUGGCUGCUGUUAUAGCCCUUGCUGAGGAAGAGCAUCGAAGUCAGCUAGUGGCUUCUUUUAUUCCCAUCCUCAUAUCUUUUCUUUUGGAUGAAAACGCCCUAGGAUCAGUUUCAAGUUCAGCAAAGUAUCUUCAUGAGUUUGCUUUGCGUUAUCUGAUGCAGAUUGGUCCACAGUAUACGUCAGCCUUUAAACAAUCAAUGGCUUCUUCCCCAUCAAUGAAAGCAAGACUUGAGUCAGCCGUAAAAGGAAAUCAAGAAAGCAUCAAGGAUAAGUCAACAUCUAAGCAUCCAAAGAAUCCUGGGAAAGGCUCAAGUAUUCAACUAAAGACUAACUUUCUGUGAAAAAGACUUCUAAAUCUUUAAGCACCCUGGUUAUAUUGAAAAGUGGGUUUUCCCACAGUUUUAUCAUGGAGAUUUUUGUUUUCAUUUCUUUUAUGCAUUAUUUAAUUUUGAAUAAGGCUCCAGUUCCAGAAAGUGGUGUACCCAUCUACCUAUCUCUCAGCUGAUUGACUCAAUACCUGCUACAACUUUUACUGCUAAAGCUACUGAACUAAAAGUAUAGUACCAGUUACAUUAUCUGUUUGCAAAUACAAUCCCCAAUAAGAAGAUGGCAAUUCAGUUGUUAAAAUAUAUAUUACAAGAUUUUUUUCAAAAAAAGCUGCAAUUUUCUUAAUUUUAUUUACAACAUAUUACAACACUAGUGAAUAAAAUAUAUUGAAGACUUCAUUAAACGUGUUAACAUCUUGAUAUACUUAAAUUAAUAAAACCACUUUUAUUUCAGUCUUGAAUCUUGGCACAAACACCAACCUAGGGAAGCUCCCAUCCAUUGCUAUUUCUUGAGAAUACAGGUAUUCCUUGACUUCAAACCACAGUUGGGACUAGAACUUUCAUCUCUAAGUGAUGCUGUUGUUAAAUGAGGCGCGCCUGAUUUUACAACAUUUUUGCCAUGGUUGUCACAGUUGCUAACCAAACCUGACUCUUCCCCUCCCCCCCGCCGGUUGAUUUUGCUUGUUGGAAGCCCCCGAGAAGGUCAUAAAUGGAAAUCAUGUGAGCCAGAAAUGCAGCCACUGUAAAGACAUGCCUGUUGUCAAGCACCCAAAUUUUGAUCAGUAGGGAUGCUGUGUUGGUUGUAAGUCUGAGGAUCAGUUGUAAGUCACUUUUUUCAACACUAUUGUAACUUUGAAUGGUUGUUAAACAAUAAUAAUAGCAAUAGCACUUAUAUACCACUUCACAGUGCUUUGCAGUUCAAUACAAUGUUAUGCUAAUUUAGUCACAACCUAAUUAAGUAAAAGGAUUAUUCUUGAAAUCUACAGAAACAUAAAAUUAGUGUUGAGUAACUAAAACCAACUUUUAAAUUAUAAUUUAUAGCUUUACCAAUGAAUUGUGGAGCAAUUACACGUUUUAUGAUGAAAAUUCACUUAUAAAUUCUGUAGUUUUGAAUAUAUAUAUAUCCAAAGUUAAGCACAUCUGUUUAUGAUUAUAUCAAUGGGACUUUUUACUAUCAAUACAUUUUAUUUGAUUUUAAUGGGACAUUUAAAAUUUUAAAUAUAUCCUGCCAAGCAGAUCAUUGAGAGUUACAUAUCUUUUUAGAGUAUGAAAAUGAUUUGAGGCAAUACCAUCAUAUGAGGCAUUACAUUAUUUAUUAUAAUCAUUUUGUAGUCUUGAAACAUUGAUGUACAAUCAUGCAUUCAAAUAUCAAAGACUCUAAUGGGAAUGGGUUACUUUUUAAAAAGUGAAAUUUAUCUGAACUGAACUGCAGUUUGAAUUAUAAGAAUAAAAAACCUGGUAACAAAAUUGCAACCAAAUUCAAAGAGCACCAAGGAUUUCAUUUAUAAGCAAUCACAAUUAACUAAAAAUGAAAUCUAUUUUAUAUAGAUAUCUAGGUGUUAAUUCUGCAACCAUUACAGUAUUUUUAAAAUUAUGCUGGCAACCCAAGUGAAAUAAAAUGAAUGUUCAGAUGACUAUGAUAGUCCAAUUUAUUAAUUUGAGGAAAAUAAAAACAUCUGUAAAAUCAAUACUCAGGAAGUGAUUGUAUUUUAUUAUACAUUUUGUACGUAAAAUUGUAAAUUGUACAGAUCUAACCACUUGAGCAAAACUCUGAUGUCAUUUUUCUAAUUUACAUAAAAGCUAAUUUUCUUCGAUUAAA